AACCCAUUCUUCCGAUGUGUAUAUGUGACACCUAAGAAAUUCGUCAUACAUGAUUUCACAUAGCUCCUCCUGUUCCAAUUGAAAGCCCUAGCAAUCCACAUACCACUUCGAUCCCAAUCUAAUUCAUCCAUUUUCAGGGAAUCGCAAGGGUUUUCAAAGCGGAGAAUCGACCAUGUCUAUGCUUAACAGACUUUUCGGGAAACCUAAGCAGGAAACCAAUGCUUUAACUACUUUAGACAAGUUAAAUGAGACACUGGAGAUGCUAGAGAAGAAGGAGAGUGUACUUCUGAAAAAAGCUGCUGUAGAGGUUGAAAAGGCCAGAGAUUUUACCAGAUCAAAGAACAAAAGGGCGGCUAUACAGUGUUUGAAGAGAAAGAGGUUAUAUGAACAACAAAUAGAACAACUUGGAAAUUUCCAACUGCGUCUUCAUGACCAGAUGAUAAUGUUAGAAGGUGCAAAGGCUACGACUGAGACUGUAGAUGCAUUGAGAACUGGAGCUGCUGCAAUGAAGGCAAUGCAUAAGGCCACGAAUAUAGAUGACGUGGACAAGACCAUGGAUGAGAUCAACGAGCAAACUGAGAACAUGAAACAGAUUCAAGAAGCAUUGUCAACUCCAUUUGGCGCUGCAGCUGAUUUUGACGAGGAUGAACUGGAAGCAGAACUUGAGGAACUUGAAGGUGCUGAAUUGGAGGAACAGCUUCUUCAGCCAGCGACAACAGCUCCUGCAGCUCCAGUGCAAGUCCCAGCAGGUAGUCAGCCAGCCCGUCCUGCUCCACAAAAACGUAUGGCUGAGGAGGAUGAACUUGCUGCCUUACAGGCUGAGAUGGCACUCUAGACAGGAUGCGAAAAUUGGUUGAAGGUCAGCGUUAUUGUAUUAUUGUGGGACUCCUUUCGCAGAUCCAGAUUUCUGUGUGCAUUAAGUGGUGAACGUACAAUGUAUAUAGAGAUUGUAUAAACAAAUUUACACACAAAACUUAUACUCUGUCAUGUGGAGCUUUAAAUUAAGAUUAUGAUCUUUUAUUAUCUACAAUAUAUGCUACUCACCAAAUUAUCUG